GAAUUGCACUACCCCUCGUCGUAACGAAUCCCCCGUUCCUAUUAAUCCACCCGUGACUACCCCAACCGAUGCCAAUCCUCAAGAAACAUUAUUAGCACUAAUGAAUCUACUUCAACAAAGUAGUCAAACCGAGAAUACAGAAGGACAACCUUCUUACCUUGGAAUUAGAGAAGAAGAUACUUCUAUUUUUGCCCCUGCAGAAGUAGAAAUAAGAAAACAAAACCCAAUCGAAACCCGCGCUAAGAAGAGGAGAGUAGACGAAGAAAACGCAAUAUUAAUAGGAGGAGAAAAACCAGAAAACAAAGAAAUUACAGAAGGAUUACAACCGACCUUAAUUCAGCAUAACCUACCGGAAGGGAAGAAAGAGGAUGAAUAUUAUAAGAACCUUAAUCCAAACAAUCUAGGAGUAGGAGAAGCUUGGUGGAACUUAAACAGCGACGAUGAUUACGAAGAAGAGAGAGACUACGAUUGGAAUCGAGAAGAAUUUAGUAAUGAGAACGAAGGAGGAAGAGACGAAAGAAGUAUAGAAGAAUUACUCACCCCUAUUGAUAGCUGGCCUGAGGAUUACCAAUCAACCUCAGAAAUUCCACCCGUAAAUCCAUACGAUGAAAUCAUUGACUUCUUCGAUUUCUACUUUGAUGAGAAAGCCGACCCUGUAGUAACCUAUAAUGUUGAGGGUCUCCAGGAAGAUCAGAAAGAUAAAAUUUUACCGAUUCUUAAAGAAAACUCAAAUCUCUUUGCAAGAGAUAUAUCCGAAUUAGGGAGAACUAAUAAAUGCCAACAUCAUAUUAUUACUGGAGACGCCUUACCUAUUAAGCAGCAUCCCUAUCGGCAUUCCCUAUUAGAGAAGAAGGAUAAAGGAAUCCCUGGAACUCUCGGUAUAUCCUCAAGACGAGUUACAUACGAUAACCCUCAGUCUAAUGAUCUCGACGUUGUCAAUCCCCGAAGACUUACAGAGGCCCAAAAAGUCCAUUUAAGAAUGUCGAAGUUCCUCGAAGAUUUACAAAGACGCGAAGUAAUGGGUCUACAGAUGGAAGAAGCAAUAGGGAUCACCCCAGCUGAUCAGAUAGAAUUCCUCUGUAGAAGUCUUGACCACCCCCAAUCGAAUCCUAGUAUCUCAUCCCAAUAUUAUUAUCUAUUGGGAGAGAGAUCAAAUAAUGAAAAUUGGAAACCCAAGAUAUUAGAAGUGUUUCCAAAGAAGUAUAGGGACAUACAGAAAACGGCUCAACGGGUCUAUGAGCUAUAUACUUACAGAGGCCUUCCAAAUCUCCUUGUAGCCCAGAAUAUCACCCCUUACAUUUUAUUAAGGAUGUAUGAUCGAGAUUAUGCCCUACUAAUCCAAGAAGCCAAGACCCAAAAGCUCCAAGAAGAUAAAGAAUUAAUUCACCUAUAUGAAACUUUCGCAGGGGCUCAA